AUGCACACCGAAUACCGUAGCAACUUUAUCGAGUAUGACUGGUCACGACUUACUAACGCUCGCCUGUCGACUCCUUCAAAGGACCCGUCCGGGAGCACGCACAGUGCCUCUGAGAGGCGGCGCAGGCAACAGGCACCUCGAAGCACGGACAACACUGCGAACCACCUGCACUCCCGUUUGAAGGCAGAUGGGAUUGCCACGAUCUGCCCUCCAUGGUCGACCCCUUACUGCUCCUUUGUGCGGGAGCAGCCGACAACGCUGAAACCACAAAUGACGCGUCUGUCCGACGGCCUCGUGUGCGCUCAGGAACACUUGGAAACUCGCAGAUAUCAGCCGACUUAUGCCGAUCAUGGUCUAGACUUCCGAAUGAAGCGGGAUGCGCACAUGGGCGAUCAAGGUGUGCCGAAAGCCAGGUCGAUACCUACGCCGCGUCUCCGUCAGCACACAUUGUCCAUCCGCUUCCCAGAACGAAUGAGGACAACACAAGCUGAAGGAUACGGUGAUAUUCCAGUAAAGAACACGUUUGUGCACUUCGUCGAGGGCGGGCCUUUCUGCGACAUUGUGGAGCGGUGGUCUUCCUGUCCUGCCAACCUGGAGUCCAACAAGAUCGAAACGACCUCUGUAGCGACAGUGUUGCCCAGUGAUGAACCGCGAGGCAACAGGAGCGACGAUGACGAGAAGGAUCAGCGACGAAGAUCACUGCAAGAGUGUCAGCUUCGAUGGGCAGUCGACAAAGCCAAGACACAGCCCCAGCUCCGCACGGACAUCACCGUGGUGGAAGGAGAGGUGCCGGCUACCAGGGCUCAUGAGCUCCGGCUGAGCAAGACGAUCAACCGUAAAGCUAGAGCGGUUCUGGAUGUGACCUGGAGUCGAUUGACGUCGAUGAACGGCGUGAACCUCGCCACGGCUUUACACCGUAUCGCUCGUCAUAGCACUGAGGACCCAUCGCAGAUCAGUGAUGUCCAUCUGCAUCCAGGCUUCGGUCCGAUGAUGAAGGCUAUCGAAAGGUUGUCGGCCCUUGACUCAGUGCGCGAUGAAGGCAUGUUCGGAAUUCUGGCGGAGCUCGCUGGUCCUCGUUUGCGCGAACUGAAACCCUACGAGGAAGUUCUGCAGGUUACAAAUCUCAUCUGGGCGUUUGCGAAGCUUACCGUUCCUUGUGUGCCGCUUUACCAGUUCCUGGCCGGCAAGAGGAACGCAGCGAAGGUGCUUCAGACGCGACGGCACGGAGAAUACAAGGCGCAGUGCCUCUCUGCAGCGGUCUGGUCGUUUGCGCAGUCAGCAGCACUUUCCAGGACGGCGCAGAUCCAACUCUUCAAAAGCAUCGGGGACGAGAUGGCCCCGCAGGUGGCUUCCUUGAAGCCUCAGGAGAUGGCCAAUACGGUCUGGUCCUUCGGGCGGGUGCGGGUCAAGCACCAGCGACUUUUCGAGGAGAUUUGUGGUACUUUUGCCAACAACCCGGGAGCCUCUCGCUUUAGCAUCCCGCAGCUGACCAGCAUCUUAAUGGGAUGUGCUCAGGUCAGAUUCCAACAGCCGGAAGUCAUCGGAAGAAUCAGCGCGGUCAUGCUGCGCAACAGCCAUGCUUUGACUCCGGAGCAAACGUCCUGUGUCUUGUGGUCCCUGGCGGAGCUGGACGCACAUGACCGGGUCCUUCUAGUACAGAAACUCCUGGACAUGGCAGCAGCAGAUCUUACUUCCUUCAAGCACGAGGAGCUACAUAAUGUGCUGACAGCUGCCAGAACUCUUUGCCCACAGCACCGAGUGCUCUUUGAUGCCUACCAAGCGAUAUUUGGAGAGGAUAGAAGUCGAGAUGGGUCGCAUUUGCUCGGAAUAUUAGAGGAAUCGGCGGAAGAAUGA